CAAUCGACGUCUUGUCUUUAGUCUUCCAGAGAUAUCGUUGGCAUCGUGUGCCAAGUGGCUUAGUUCGCUGAAGUAAUAUACAUACAUUGAAAAUCGUGUUUCUGUAGUUCGAUACGUGAAAAGUUUUAAGGUAGUUUUUUUUUUAACGUAGUUAGUUAGGAAGUGGCAAUGCAAGGCCGAAGGCACACAUUUUGUACGAAGCUCUACAGUACAUAUUUACGAAAAUGGUGGAUUACUAUAGCAUUCGCAGUAUGCCUCAUUAUUCUUGGAAUCCUGGUUACUUGUGAAUUUACAGCGCUAAUUAAUAUAAUAAUAAACUAUCAAGUUGCUCUUCGCCGGGGAAGCCAAACAUUUGGAUGGUGGGCUAAGCCACCUGUGGAACCGAAAAUAUCCGUUUACGUUUAUAAUGUCACAAAUGCAAACGAGUUUUUGAAUAAUGCUUCCAAACCAAUUCUUGAUGAAGUGGGCCCUUAUGUUUACACAGAGUCAUGGGAGAAAGUCAAUAUUGUUGAAAAUGAAAACGGCACAUUAAGUUAUAAUUUGAAAAAAGUUUACAUUUUCCGAGAAGAUUUGUCAUUCGGAAUGGAGGAUGAUGUUGUAAUUGUUCCUAAUAUACCGAUGUUAAGUGCAACGUCUCAGAGCAAACACGCAGCUAGAUUCUUACGACUUGCCAUGGCCAGUAUAAUGGAUAUUUUGAAAAUAAAGCCGUUUGUUCAAGUCUCUGUUGGUCAGCUGUUAUGGGGCUAUGAGGAUCCACUUCUUAAAUUAGCUAAAGAUGUUGUACCUAAGGAGCAAAAGCUGCCAUAUGAAGAAUUUGGGUUAAUGUACGGUAAAAAUGGGACGUCUACCGAUCGUGUAACAAUUUUCACAGGAGUAAAUGACAUAACACAGUAUGGAAUAAUCGAUAAAUAUAAUGGAAGAUCAUAUCUGCCUCACUGGUUAAAUGAUGACUGUAAUAGAUUAAAUGGAACAGAUGGUUCAAUAUUCCCGCCACAUAUUGAAAAGGAUCGCAUUCUAUACGUAUACGAUAAAGAUUUGUGCAGACUUUUACCACUUGUGUUUGAAGAAGAAGUACAUAUCAAAGAAAGCAUCGUUGGGUAUAGGUUCACACCACCCGAAAAUGUAUUUUCAGACGUUGAAAGGAAUCCCGAAAAUAUGUGUUUCUGUCCAGCAGGACAACCUUCUUGUUCACCAAAUGGGCUAUUCAAUGUUUCCCUUUGUCAAUAUGAUUCCCCAAUUAUGUUGAGUUUUCCCCACUUUUAUUUGGGUGACGAAAGUUUUCUCUCUGAAGUGGAAGGAAUUUCACCACCCGAUAAGGAGAAGCAUAAAUUUUUCAUUGAUGUUCAUCCGACGAUGGGAACAACUUUAAGAGCUCGUGCUCGUGUCCAGAUCAAUUUAGCUGUCAGUCAAGUUUUCGAUAUAAAACAAGUGGCUAAUUUUCCUGAUAUUGUCUUUCCCAUUUUGUGGUUUGAGGAAGGCAUAGACGAACUACCGGACGAAAUAACCGAUUUAAUGAGCUUCGCCGCAACCGUGCCGCCAAAAAUUCGUUUGGGUAUUAUAAUUGGCCUUUUUUCAUUGGGUGCUUUUCUUUUCUCGCUUGCUUUAUUCUGCUUAAUAAGAAGCUCGAAUAGACAAAGCACCCUUCACCUCGAAGGAUCUAAUUAUUUAGCAACAGCACAGUUCGAUUUGACAAAAAAGAAAGCUAAGGAGUCGAAAUAAAAAUAUUCCAUACUACGCGUAUUUUAUGUAAUUAUUAAAAACUUAGAUAAGGAAGCGGGAUAUGUAUAGUACAUUGGAGCAAAUAUUGCAUAUUUUUUAUAAUAUUUAACCUGUGUAAAUAUUGAUACGUAUAUGUAUGCAUUUACAUACAUAUAAGUAUGUAACCAUACUACUGGUACAUAUGUAUAUAGUUUUGGGUUUUGUUUCCCUAAUAUAAUUUUUUUUUUUAAGAAAGCUUUGGAAGAAUUUUUUACGAAAGUAUUGAGCAGACAAGAGUAAUCAAUCAUUGGUUUUCAAAAUUGUAUUUUCAUCUCUUUAUUUCGAAUAAUAAAACGAAAAAAAAAAUAGUAAAAAAUUUUGAAUGAUUGAAUUUUAUUAAGGGAUUCUUUUCAAAACCAGAUAAGACCACACAAUUUUUUUACAGAAAAUGUUCGUAUUUAAUGGGCCUGCUCAUUUUUUAAUAUUCAAGACUGAAUAGAAACCUUUUUUUUGUCGCAACAAUGCUUUUUGGUAAAAAAUAUACACAAAGGGAACAUUCCUAAGUAUUUGAUGUCCAUAUUGUUAAUUUUUUUAAUAUAAUAAGUAAAUUGAAUAUAAUUGAUUAAAACAUAUCAAAUGGUUCUCCCUGCAGUUAAAUUAAGUUAGUUUAAUGUAAUGGUAGUCAUUUCUAUUUCUGUAUAUGUUUGCAAAUAUUCGUAUAUCUAUAAAUUAAAUCUGUUUUCAUAAAAAUCUACACAAAAGAAUUUCAUGCCAAAUUAGAGAAUUAUAUGGUUUUAAUUAUAUUAUAUUGUAAUUGCGACAUUGCAAAGUUUAUUAUAUAUAUAUCUACAACUUAAAAACUUUCCAAAUAAUUAAAAUAUAAACAUACAUACGUAUAUAUAUAUAUAUAUAUAUAUAUAUAUAAAAAUAUAUAUAUACAGGCUUAUAGUAUGUACAUAUGUGUAUUAGAAUAUUAUAAUACUCAGUAAAAGGAAGCGGGUGUCUGAAUAUUUAUAUUUGUAAUAUAAUGUUACUCAUGUGUAUUGAAAAGGUAGUCUUAAAUAUUUGUAGUAAAUUUUGUUUUGGGAUUAUGCUUUGUGUUUAACUAGAAUAAAUAUUGUUUAACUUA